AUGAAUCCGUAUAUAAAAACUCUUUUUGUAAGUCCUUAUAAUAAACUGUGCCAGGAGUUACGAAAAAGUAGUCACGAUGCGGUAACUCUAAAUAUGUUACUUGGAAUUGGAAUCGAUGAUAAACACAUAAAAAUGAAAAACUUUAACAUUGAGCCAUAUGAUUGUAUCGUUUUUGAUGAGAUUUUAUUAUAUAAUCCCUAUCAACUGUAUUUAAUUAAAAUGUUCAUGAAAAAGAAUGCUGAAAAAAGAUAUUUAUGUACUGGUGAUGUUGAUCAAAGAAAGCCAUUUACUUUCGGUACAAACAAGAUCAAAGAUCAAAAUAAUUAUCAGUUGUGGUGCUUAAAUCAAAUGUUCCCACAUCAACUGACGUUAAGCGAAAAUAAACGUUUGAAUAAGAGCUCUGAUAAGAGAAAGCUAAUUGUGCUUAAGAGGGAUAUUUUUGAUCUUAAUAAGGACGUUAUUUCUACUUUUAAACGCCAUGGAAUCAAAGUUGUUAAGACCAUGAAAGAAGUAACAACGAUAAAAAAUAUUUGUUUGUUUAAUUUUAGGUGUGACCAGGUUAAUAAACACGUCGCUAAGAAUGUAGUCGAAAGAGCUGGAUUUUAUAGCGGUUUAGAACUUGUUUGUAAAAAGCACUAUAAGAAUAAAAAUGAUCGACUCUAUGUUAACUAUCAUUAUGUUUUAAAAUCGAUUGGAGAUAAGUAUUUUGUCGUGAACGAGCCAGUUGAGAGCAAAGAUAUUCGACUGGACGUUGAUAAAUUGAAAUAUUUCAAACUUCCGUAUGCUAAUACAUGCGAUUCAGUACAAGGUCUCACAAUAAAGGACAAAAUUACUAUAUUUGAUUGCAAUACGCCCUAUGUGGAUCGCUACUUUAUUUGGACAGCAUUAACACGAGGCACAGAUUUAAAAAAUGUUCAGAUAUAUGAACAUUCAGAAAAAGAAGUUAUGUCAUUAAACACAUCUUGGGUAAAACUUUACUUUAAGAAUAAGAUAGAGGGCUACAGAUCACAAGAUAGGGCAUCGGGUAGAAAAAAUAAUAAAGAUUACAUAGAUGUUGAUUGGAUUCAGUUACAACUCGAAAAAUGCACGUCAUGUCUUCUAUGUAAUACAUUAUUUGAAGCUACGAUUAAAAAGGAUAAGACAGUUAAUUCUAACAUUACAGUUGAUAGAAUUGAUAAUAAACUACCACAUGUUAAAAGUAAUUGUUGGUUAAUGUGUCGCGAUUGCAAUAUGAGGAAGCGUUAG